AUGCCAGUCCAAAAGUUGUUUUCACACAGAGAAAUAGCGCCUUGGAUAGAAGAAUGUGAUUUCGCAAUGUAUCAGAAGAUGAUGCGGGUCGUCGCUCCGCUGACCCUUCAAGUUGCACCAAAGCCAGUACUUGACUCUCUCCGAAAUAUAUCCGAAAGACUUGUAUCCCACAUCCACAGUUGUUUCCAGGGGCAUCCGGCACAUGUUCUCCAAGCCAAGGCUGCACCUGCAACACUCUUUGCAGGUCUCUUGGACCGAGAAUUAAGAGUAAAUUUGACUGCCCACGCAGCAGCUAAUAUGCUAUCUAAUCCCGCCAAUCGUGAUCAAAUGUACGAGGAAUGGAUCACAAUGGUUCGUACAAGGAAAAUAGCUGAAUGUGUUCCCACCAGGGGUAUGGAUGAUGUCGUAAAAGUGUUACUAAGCGAGCUUCGGAAUUUACUAAAUCCAGUAAAUGUUGACUGGGAGUUAGAAAGUAGAACUCUUUACGGAGAAAUGGCUCUUCGUAAUCGACAAUUUCAAGCCAGCGAGCAACCUGAAUCAACGAUUGAAAAUGUGCUCGACCGAUGGGUUAACUUGUUAGCUUCUCUACCAGCAAAGUUUCCAUAUGCAAGCCAUUCUGAAAUUGUCUGGUGUGUACAAAGUGUUGGAACAGCAGUAAUGAGAGACAUCACAAUAUCUCAGGGCAAGAGCUUCGGUGCUUGGUGGGUGACGAAGUGUUGGAUCGAUGAAAUGAUUGUGUUCAUGGCAGAACAGGGUGGCUUCAUGGAGCAAAAGACCUCGAGUGACUCUCGACGACAGUCCAGUGAGCCACACCCGACUAAUUCAGAACACACUUACCAUAACGGUCAGUACAACAACGGGAGUGAUGAUGUUCUAAGAAGUUCCAACAACCUUGACGGCAGUAUAUCUAUGCUCUCCCACUCAGAACUUAUCGAUCAGGGUGACACGAACAAUAUAGUCAACCACGAUGAUAGCGGAAUUGGUCUUAGGACCCCUGAAGAUGAUUUCGCAGCAGCGAAGUAUGAGUGUGACAAAGUAGCUGAACGCCUACAAGAUCCUGGUUUGCUUCACCACGGUCUCUCCAUGAGCACACUAAUGUAA